UGGCAGGAGGAAACGUGGGCGGGAAAGAGCGUUCCCGGUUUAGUUGAAUUUCUCGCUUCUGUGGUCCUUUUCUUUGAAAAAGUGGAUAAUUUGGGACUGGAUUGCUUCUUUUGAAGCGGUUCUCCGAGUUGCCGACAGAUUCAUUCCCAAGUUGGUCUGUUUUCCCUGCCUACUUCCACUUCAUUGAGUGUCUGUUUUUCCUUCCCAUCUUUUUGUUGUCUAUUUUUACCCUUAGGAGACUCAACAGAAUUCGUACUAUCCAGAGGGUGUGUGGUUCAGAUAAUGUAAUCACCCAAAGUUGGUUUCCAACUUUGCCACAUAUUUGUUUGUGCGUCCCGCCCCCCCAAGAGGCUUUGCGCUCUUCUCGGCCUUGGGUUCCCUCGGCAACCGCUCAACAGAUCCCUAGGCAACCGCUCAACAGACAGUCCGGGGAGGCGGCUGCGGCCAACCGGUGGGGUCUGCCGGGGUCUGCUGAGGCCAGUGUUUUGUAUUAUGACUUCUCAAGAGAAGACAGAAAAGCAUCCUUUUUUGGACAUAUUUAAUGAAGAUGAAGCUGACAUAAACUUUAUGUUGUCUAAACCUGUUUGCUUUGUUGUAUUUGGGAAACCAGGGGUUGGGAAGACAACAUUAGCCCAACAGAUAACACAGGCAUGGAAAUGUAUUCGUGUAGAAGCUUUACCCAUUUUGGAAGAACAGAUUGCCAGUGACACUAUAACAGGAGCUAUGUUGCAGUCACUGCUGGUCAGUGGCCAAAGCAUUCCAGAUGAACUUGUCACAAAGUUAAUGUUGGAGAAGCUGAACUCCUCAGAAGUCUCUCACUUUGGCUAUAUUAUCACUGAAAUACCAUCACUUUCACAGGAUGCCAUGACUACUCUGCAGCAAAUAGAAUUAAUUAGAAAUUUAAAAUUGAAACCUGAUAUUAUAAUCAAUAUUAAGUGCCCUGACUAUGAUUUAUGCCAAAGAAUUUCGGGGCAAAGGCAGCACAGUAGUACAGGAUACAUAUACACAAGAGAUCAGUGGGAUCCUGAAGUCAUUGAGAAUCGUCGGAAAAAGAAGAAAGAAGCCCAAAAGGAAGGAAAAGGAGAAGAGGAGGGGGAAGAGGAAGAAGAGCAAGAAGAAGAAGAGACAGUUGUGGAUCGACUUAAAUAUCUGAACCUGAAAAGAGCAGCUGUUAUAACCAAACUUCAAAGUACAGAGGAAGAUAUUAAUGACACAAUGGAAAAUGAUGAACUGUUCCGUACUCUCGCAUCUUGUAAACUUAUUGCACCAAGAUAUAGAUGGCAGAGAAGCAGAUGGGGACGUACAUGUCCUGUAACUUUAAAAGAAGGUAACAUUUUUCAAGGAUUGCCAGAUUUUUCUGUGAGUUUUCUAGGUAAAAUGUACUGUCUUUCAUCAGAAGAAGCAUUAAAAACAUUUCUAUUGAACCCACGUCCCUAUCUUCUUCCACCUAUGCCAGCACCACCAUUUAAAGUAUUCAUAUUGGGACCUCAGUCUUCAGGGAAAACAACACUCAGCAAUUUGCUUGCAAAACAUUUCAAAGGAAAGGUAAUUGACUAUGAUAAAGUAAUUCAACCACGUUUUGAUAAAGCCCUUGAAAUGUUAACCAGAAACACUAUAGCGGAGGCCACUGAAGCAGCCAUUAAAGUUGUCAAAGAACGGCUUCUCUUAGAACUACAAGCUAAAAGAGCUCAGUCAAUUUCAAAAGAACUUCAAGAAGAAUCUGAAAGGAAGGAAAGGGAAAUCCCAAAGGAUGGAUAUAGAAGUACAGAAGAAUUGCAGUCGUCACUUGAUGAAGAUGUGCUCGCUUUUGAAUCCCAAAGAGAAAGCUCUUUAGAAGACAGUGAAGAAGCCAAAAUGAAGUCAGAUGAUAAAGAUGAUGAAAAAGAAAUAAAUGAAAUGUUUACACUUCAAAGAAGUCAGCAAGACUCUAGUCGAGAUCUAAAGAAGGAUUCCAGAAAAGAUGUAACGGACUAUGAGAUAGAAGAGGUAACUGCUGAUCAUCCAGAAGUUCUUUCCAUAAUAGAUGAAACAGUAAAAAUGGCAAAGGAUAUGAACUUUGAACAGCCACAUGAAAAAAUUGCUGAAAUCUUAGAUGAAGUUCUCCAAGAGGUAGCUGAAGAAAACAGGAACAGGUUUUAUGGUGCCCCCAAAUAUGGCGGAUGGAUACUGGACAACUUCCCUCUUAUGAAAGACCUCUGGAUGGCCUUAGUCGACAAAGGAGUUCUACCCGAUUUGGUCAUCUGUUUAUCAGACACAGAAAACAAUGGAAAAUAUUUAUAUAAUAGACUGUAUUUAAAGAAUAAACAAGAAAUUGACUCUAAGAUUUUAGAAAGAUUAUUAGAUGAACUACUAAAGGAAAGAAAAGAGGAAGAAGCAACAAGAAAAGUCAAGGAAGAGGCAUUGAGAAUAGAAGAAGAAAAUCGAAAGCUAUUGGAAGCUCUGGCUGCAAAAGCAAAAGCAGAAGAAGAUGAAGCUGAGGCUUUUGAGGAUAUUGAAGGUGAGGAGUCUGAACUUCACGAAGGGUCUGAGGCCCCUGAGGUUGCUGAGGAGACCAGGGGGGUCUUACACAAAGAGUCUGACCUUUUUGAAGUCCCAGAAACAGAACGCGAAUCAGUAUCUGAGCCUCCUGAGGAUGCUACAGUUGGAGCAGAAUUUCCAAAAGGAUCCGGAGAGGGCCUGGAAACUAAAGAAUUACCUGAAACAGUUCUACUACCUGAAUUUCCAGAAGAUGGUUAUCCUGAUGUUCCUGAAAUGGAUUCAAUUAGAGAGAAUGUCAGCUCUUUCUAUGCUGCGUGGAAACAGGUGGAAACAGCUAUCGGUGACUCUUCUACUCAAAUUUUAAACCUGGAGAUUGCUGGCAAAACUCCAGAGGAACUACUUCAAAAAGUCGUUGAAAUUAUGGAAAAACCCUUUCACCAUGCUGGUUGGGAAUUAACUAUGGAAGAUUAUGAUGAAGAAACAGAAGACUAUCAGGCUGAAGCCGAUGUCGAUGAGGAGUUAGAAGAGGAAGAAGAGGAAGAGGAAGAGAAUGAAGAUAUAAUUAAGGAGAAGAGAAGGCAUUUGGGAGAUACAAAGCACUUCUGUCCAGUGGCUCUCAAAGAAAACUUCGUCCUACAACCAGGCAACCCAGAAGAAGCAGCUAAAUAUCGAGAAAAGAUCUAUUACUUUUCAAGUCCUGAGGCUAAAGAAAAGUUUUUGGAGCAACCUGAGGAGUAUGUGGCUCAUGAUGAACCAUUAAAGGCUCCACCAUUAAGAAUAUGCCUUCUCGGCCCCCAUGGCUCUGGCAAAACUGUCUGUGGAAGACAGCUGGCAGAAAAAUUGGGCAUUUUUCAUAUUCAGUUUGAAGAAUUUCUUCAAGAAAAACUAAUGCUAAAAACUGAAAAGAAAGUUGGACCUGAAUUUGAGGACGAUUCUGAGGAUGAACAACUUGUAAAACAAGAACUUGAAGAGCUUGCAAUUAAGGCCAAUGUUACAAUUGAGGAAGAAAAUACAAAGAAGCUGCCUCAGGAAGUGCAACUUACAGACGAAGAAGAAGCAAUCAGAUUAAACCUAACAGAAAAUGAGCCAUUGCCUCCUGAAAUCCUUGAAGCAAUUCUUUCUGAGUGGUGGUUUAAGGAACCCAUAUGUUCCACAGGUUUUAUAUUAGAUGGUUUCCCACGGUAUCCAGAUGAGGUCCAGUUCCUGGGGGAACAUGGGCUUUUCCCAGAUGCUGCUGUGUUUAUACAAGUUGAUGAUCAAGAUAUUUCUGAUCGCCUCCUUCCUGUCCAAAUUGGAAAGUGGAAAGUGAAACAAAACAAGAGAUUGGAAAGGAAAAAACUCAUCAAAGAAAUGAAGGAGAAAAUCAAGGAUGAUAUGAUUGCUAAAAGAAGGGCUGAACUUAUAACUGAGAGAGAAAAAAGAAGGAAAGGAGGAGUGACUGUUAGAGAAGAUGAAGACAUGAGUGAGGAAGAACCUGAUAACGAUGAAGAUGAUAUUGAUAACAUUCUCGAAGAUGAAUUUCCAAAAGAUGAGGAAGUGAUGAGUGAGGAAGAGGAAGAGCAGGAAAUUGAUGCUCUCGAACGCCUAAGGGGUGAACUCGGAGAAAAAUUUGAAGCAGAUAUGAGUAAUUUACAAAUAAUACAGGAAGAAUUUGAGAAGUUUUUGAUACCAGUAAUUCUCAUUAAUGGAUCUCGAAAAAUCCACAUUGUCCAAUACACAUUGAAUACAAAACUGAAACCACUGGUAGAGAAUCGUGCAAGCAUUUUUGAGAAAUGUUAUCCAAUAUCAUCACGCCUUGCCCAGAAAAUGCUCAGCUUUACCUACAAGUAUAUAAGCUCUUUCGGCUACUGGGACCCUGUAAAGAGGCUGGAGUCCAAGAUCAUGGUGCCAGCAGGGAUGGUUUUUCUGCUAAAUGAAGGUGAGACCAUCAAACCAGUUGAAAAUUCAGAGAAUCCACUUCAUCCUGUAAUCCAUCGUCAAUAUGUUUAUUUUUUAUCUAGUAAGGAAACUAAAGAAAAAUUUAUGAAGAACCCAAUCAAAUAUAUCUGCCAACCCAAACCUAAGCCUACUAUCCCCAUUAGGAUUGCAAUUCUGGGGCCUCCAAAAUCUGGAAAAACUACAGUUGCCAAAAGUAUUUCAAGUGAAUAUGGCUUAAAGCGUUUGUCGAUAGGAGAUGCUUUGCGUUAUGUAUUAAACAACCAACCAGACACAGAGCUGGCACUUAUGCUAAAUUGGCAUCUUCAUAAAGGAAUGACAGCACCUGAUGAACUGGCUAUUCAGGCCUUAGAAUUAUCUCUGAUGGGAAGUGUAUGUAAUACCGCAGGUGUUGUCAUUGAUGGAUACCCUGUAACUAAGUAUCAAGUGAGUCUCUUAGAAGCUAAGUCAAUCAUCCCCAUGAUUAUCUUUGAGUUGGAUGUGCCUUCCAAAGAGAUUUUCAGAAGAUUGCUCCUGGAAAAAAAAAAGGAGUCAAGUUUGCCUUAUCCAUUGCACAACAGCUCACAGAUUAUAGCUGUCAAGAACUCAAGGUACCACAAAAAUAUUGGUGAGAUUAGGCAAUAUUAUGAAGUACAACAUCAGAACUGGUAUGUGAUUGAUGGCUUUCACAGCAAGUGGUGGAUAUGGAAUGAAGUCAUUAACAAGGUUAAAAUGGUGAAUAAAUACAUGCAGAUAUAUAUGGAAAGAAUAAAAGCAGGAAAAGCCGCCUGCAUUGACAAGUUAUGUAUCUCACCCGAAGAACUGAUUUCUCGCCUGGGCGAAUUUGGACAGUUCUGCCCCGUCAGCCUGGCAGAAUCAUAUGAAUUAGUUGAUUGCUCUUUAAAUGAUUCCUUGGAAUUUGCAGCAGAGUUCAGAGGGCACUAUUAUAAAAUGAGUUCUCUAGAGAAACUGAAUAAAUUUUUGGACAAUCCAGAAUUGUAUGUACCUCCAUUAGCACCUCAUCCACUCCCACCUACCGACAUGAUCCCCAAGAGGCUGACACUGUCAGAGCUGAAGAGCCGGUUCCCUAAGUGUGCUGAGCUCCAGGGUUAUUGUCCAGUGACUUAUCAGGAUGGCAGACAAAGAUACGAAGCCCUAGUACCUGGUAACAUUCACUAUGCUUUAGAAUAUCGUGAUCGUAUAUAUAUCUGUGAGAGCAAAGAAAAACUUCAGAAAUUUUUGAGGUCGCCACACAAAUACUGGAAUCAGAAGCUUCCUUACAAACUUCCCCCGUUGAAGGAACCAAUGUAUCUCACCAGUCUGCCUUUGCCUGGAUAUCUGGAACAGGGUAUUGCAACUGCUCUAAUUAAAGCCAUGAAUGCAGCAGGAUGCUUAAAGCCCAAAUUCCCCUUCUUAAGUGUACAGAGAUCUGCGCUACUUUAUAUAGCACUUCAUCUGAAAGCCUUUAAUCCCAAUAGUUCUGAAUAUACAAGAAAAAAAUACAAGAAGAAGAUGGAGCAGUUUUUGGAGAGAUGUGAACUCAUUACAUACCUGGGUGCCAAGAUGACCAAGAAAUACAAGGAACCUCAGUUUAGAGCCAUUGACUUUGAUCAUAAAUUGCAGACCUUUCUCUCUCUCAGAAAUAUAGACCCAGUCAAUGGUUAGAAUGUUUGCAUAACUGCACCCAGAAUCCUAAGAGUUACCUGAAAGGGAUUAAAGGAAAUUGAAAAUCUGGGCCUCCCUGAUGCACUUUUCCUUCCUGAGUGAUACGCCUUGGCUUCUAGACUUCCAAUGAAUUCAGAGCUCUGCCAGCCAGGAAGGAGUACUCUUCUCUAAGCCUAAGUUCUCAUAUACUUGUAAAGUUUAUUGCUCUUUGCCUGAACUUUGAUGCUUCAACAAAAGUUAUUCCAUUGAGAAUAUUUAGGUAACGUAUUUGACUUAAUGAAUCCUUUGUUCAUUUUCCUUUUUAAUAUUUUUAUUAGAGAAGUCCAUCUCUGUUAAAGAAACUUAGGCAGUAAAUGUUAGAGAGCUUCAAGAAAAGAAUUAACAUUGCUAUAAAUAAAAUAGAAAUAUUGGUUACACUUUUAACUUAAAGAGUUGUUUGUAAACUUUGUGAACCUAAAGACACUUUAUCACUUUCCCAACAAAAUAAAUGGAUUUAGAGACAA